CCACACUGAGGCAACAGGAAGCAGCGACAAACCCCAAAAACUGUCCAGACUGGAGGUGGAGGAAAGAAGCGCUGGAGGAUCAACGCUUCCUGUUGAGUCUUCAGAACCAGAAUCUGCCCGAUUCAGCGCAGCGCCUCCUCGACCAUGCCCUUCUUUUGAAGUGGACAGGAAGUUUACCUGCCUCAGAAACGCAGCCGUGCGAGUUACGUUCUGGAAUUGUGCUUCCAGUCAUGGCUCAGGGCGCCAGCAUCCAGUACGAGCGAGUGGCCGAGAUUGGAGGAGGGGCCUACGGGACGGUUUAUAAAGCCCGGGACACUGAGAGUGGGAAGUUUGUGGCUCUGAAGAGUGUUCGGGUCCAGACAAACCAGAAUGGACUCCCCAUCUCCACGGUCAGAGAAGUGGCUUUACUGAAGCGGCUGGAGCAGUUCGACCACCCAAACGUGGUCCGGCUCAUGGACGUCUGUGCCACUCAGAGGUCAGACCAGGAGACGAAGGUCACACUCGUGUUUGAACAUGUGGACCAAGACUUGAAGACCUAUCUUGAAAAGGCCCCCGUUGCUGGUCUAUCCCCCGACCACAUUAAAGACCUCAUGAGGCAGCUGCUGUGUGGACUGGCCUUCCUGCACUCUAACCGCGUGGUACACCGAGACCUGAAGCCGGAGAAUAUCUUGGUGACCAGCAAAGGACAAGUGAAGCUGGCUGACUUCGGACUGGCUCGCAUCUACAGCUGCCACAUGGCUCUCACGCCCGUGGUGGUGACUCUCUGGUAUCGACCUCCUGAAGUUCUGCUCCAGUCCAGCUAUGCCACCCCUGUGGACAUCUGGAGCACAGGUUGCAUCUUUGCAGAGAUGUUCAGGCGCAAACCGUUAUUUUGUGGCGAAUCAGAAGUGGACCAACUUGGAAAAAUAUUUGAGUUCAUUGGCUUGCCACUCGAGCAGGAAUGGCCGACUGAUGUUACACUGUCCAGGAAGAACUUCCCCCCAGUCACGCGCCGGCCUGUGUCAGACUUUGUCCCAGAGAUCGACGAGCAGGCGGAGCAGCUGCUGCUGAAAAUGCUUACCUUUGACCCCUACAAGCGAAUAUCUGCACUGAAUGCACUAGACGAUGCAUAUUUCCACGAGGACGAGACACCGACGAAAAGCUGAAACGAUGCUGAGGAAAGUACCGUAAAAGCGUCUCAGUUUGGAGCCGACCUUGAUCGAUGACCUUCACUGUGUGUAUCACUUUACACAAGAUGCCGUACACUGAAACGGAGCAGCUUCUGCUGCAUGGCUGGGUGUGGAAAAGAAGGACCAGACUUGAGCGUCACUGCCAUUUUUUGUAUCCCACAGGACCAACGUUUGUAACUUUAAAAAUGUUUGCUUGCUGUCAUCAUUGUCAGCAGGGAUUUUACUGGCACACAAGCAGAGCUGUUGACAUAAUGUCAAAUACUCAAGAAACAGUAGCCAGUCUCUGCCGAGAGAGGUGUUAAAUUGUAUUUUUUAAAACUGAUUUUUUUUUUUUACAGUGAAAACGCUGCCACAAGCUUUAGCCUUCAGACAUAAAGAAUAGGUGAGAACACACAAGAAACAAAUGCCUUCAGAAAGUCGGGAGAGAAAUCCGAGUGUCUGUUUUUAGAUGACUGAAGGUGUGUUUGUUUCAUGUUUGGUCUUUUUCAUGUGCCAAAACCAUCUUCACUCAAGAGUAUAAAUAAACCUCGAAUCACUGCUGAA